AUGACCAUAGAUGACCUCACAGAAAUGGAUGUUAGUCAAAAUGAUCUAGAGGGGAACAUCUCUGUUAGUUCAAAAACAACAUGCAAGUUGGAGAGAUUAAUUUUCUCCUGCAAUAGAUUUGAAAGUGAACUUCUAGUGGCAUUGGGAAAUUGCACGAACUUGAUGUUCUUUUCUGCUUCUAAUAAUCAAUUGUCGGGAAGAAUACCAUUAGAACUUGGCUUGUUGGAAAAACUUGAGACUCCUAACCGAUUUAAUAUUAGUCUGUUUGACAGCAUCCCUCUUGGUUCUCUGGGCAAAGAAAUUGGGUUUCUUGGAUGUCUAAAGAAACUAAAUCUUGCUGCCAAUGAUCUUUCUGGAUUUAUUUCGUCAGAAUUGGGCAAUUGCACCCUUCUUGAACACUUGAAACUCUCAAAUAAUUUACUUUCAGGACUUAUUCCCAUGACCAUAGAUGACCUCACAGAAAUGGAUGUUAGUCAAAAUGAUCUAGAGGGGAACAUCUCUGUUAGUUCAAAAACAACAUGCAAGUUGGAGAGAUUAAUUUUCUCCUGCAAUAGAUUUGAAAGUGAACUUCUAGUGGCAUUGGGUAAUUGCACGAACUUGACGUUCUUUUCUGCUUCUAAUAAUCAAUUGUCGGGAAGAAUACCAUUAGAACUUGGCUUGUUGGAAAAAUUUGAGACUCCUAACCGAUUUAAUAAUAUUCUGUUUGACAGCAUCCCUCUUGUUAUCUAUUUUAGAAAUCAAUUGGUGGUUUUGUUAUUAGGCAAUAAUAUGCUUAAUGGGACAAUACCUCCAGGCCUUGCAAACUGUUCGAGUUUGAAGAGGUUGGUUCUUUCACACAACAAUCUUAGUGGCUUAAUUCCAGAAUUCUUUGUGGCAUCAAAUUUGUUAUAUAUUGAUUUAAGUUUCAACAAACUCAAUGAACAAAUUCCUCAAACUGUAGGGAACAUUGUGAAUCUAACCAUGAUCAACUUGUCAAUGAAUAAGCUUGAUGGACUGAUACCUCGGUAA